GUUGUGGAUUUUAGAAAGUUGAAAAGAAAUGCACAAAUAAUCGUACCGAAUAAUUGAUUUUAUUCUUGUGUGUUGUGUGAUUAAUGUUUUAGCAUUCAUAUACUCGUAUUAAGUAACGUCACUACCCUACGCACAUGUCGAUAAACUGCUUACGUUGCCAUUUCGCAGCAGCUGAAGCUUUCAGUAUCUGUUUUCGCUCUGUUGCGCUUAGAACUCGCCUUCGUGUCUGUGCCUGAUUAUAUACUAUACGCUGCAUCAUUGUUCAGAAUGAAUUGCUAGUUUCUUUAUCUGCCAUAGCUUGAAAAUUCUGUGCAGUUCGUUUCCUUGUACCCGAAACCCGAGAGAUAACGACAAAGUAAAGGGCUGGGAAAGAUGCCUCGCAACGAUACGGAGCCCUUGGUGGUGAGCGAUGAUGAGGCGCCACGCACUCUGGAUGCUGCUGCAACGGAAAAAACAUCAGCGAGCAGCUCUUCCGCUGACGAGGAGGUGCCCCACCUACCGCCCGCGCUGGACUACAACAGCUAUCGUUGGUUCAUCCUGGAGCCCGCAGUAUUUCUGAUGUUCUUUGCCAGAUACCUAAUUGGGGCGGUUUAUCAAAAUCAAAUCCUCUACCAAACCUGCGUCACCAUCAUGAAGUAUAAUGCCACGGAAUGCGAGCCGUUGCUGGGCAUCAAUCGCGAUGAAUCGGAGGCGUCAAAAAAAAUCGAGGUUCAAGUGCAGGAGUAUUCGGCAAACAUAAUGAUGACGACCUCUCUGCUAGAGAGCAUAAUACCAGCCUUUGUGAGUCUAUUCCUAGGUCCCUGGUCGGACAAAUUCGGCCGGCGGCCCAUACUCCUGACAACCUUCACGGGCUACCUCACGGGCUCAAUUAUACUGAUAAUUAUUACCAGGAUAACAAUGUUCACGAAUAUAAGCCCUUGGUGGUUCCUGCUCUCCUCUGUGCCCUCGGUUCUGAGCGGUGGAACUUGCGCCUUGAUCACGGGUAUCUACUGCUACAUUUCUGAUGUGGCCAAGGAACGCAACCGAGCCAUGAGAAUGGUCCUAAAUGAGGCCUCGCUAUGCACGGGCAUGAUGUUUGGCAAUGUGGCCAGCGGGUAUAUCUAUGCAGCAACGGAUGCUUUCACCCUCUUCUUUAUUGCCAGCUGCCUAAUGGGCCUGGCGCUGAUGUAUGUCUAUAUCUGGGUGCCCGAGAGCCUGGUACUCGACCAUAUACCCACAGGAUCACGCAUCCGCGAGUUCUUCCGUUUUGAUUUGGUCAAGGAUCUGGUCCGCACCUGCUUCCAAAGGCGACCCAACUUUGAUCGUGCCAUUAUCUGGCUAACUAUGAUUGCCCUGACCAUAGCCAUCUUUGAUAUGGAGGGUGAGGGCACUGUCAACUACAUGUUCAUGCGCGAACAAUUCGAUUGGACCAUCAAGGACUUCAGCCUCUUCAAUGCCUCGCGUAUUGUCAUCCAGAUUGUGGGCAGCAUAGUCGGCAUGGUGGUGCUGCGUCGCGUGCUUAAGCUGUCCAUUAUAACCAUGGCCAUGCUGUCGCUCGCUUGCUGCGUUCUAGAGAGCACAGUACGUGCCACGGCCGUCUACUGGCAGGAGAUGUAUGUCGGCAUGACAUUAGGCAUGAUGCGCGGCGUGAUGGGACCCAUGUGUCGUGCCAUUCUGUCCCAUGUUGCGCCCAGCACGGAAGUGGGCAAAAUAUUCGCACUGACCACAUCGAUGGAGUCUGUUUCGCCGCUGGGUGCUGCUCCCCUGUACACGACCGUGUACAAAGCCACUGUGGAAUUUUAUCCCGGAGCAUUCAACUUUAUUAGCGCUGUCCUGUACUUUUUGUGCUACGUGCUGAUUGCCAUUAUAUUCGGCAUCCAGAAGUCGAUGGGCAGCAGCAGUGUGUAUCAGGCCAUUGGCAGUUAGCCGGCUGCUCCUCGCUCCGCUUAGUUGAAUGUAUCUCAAAAGACCAAUUAAAUCUGUGGGUAGAUGUGUAUGUGAUUGCUGCGACGCGACGGUUCCCAAUGUGAACACCUAGAAAUUACGAGUAUUUUUGUAUUUUAUAUUCGUUGAUUAGCGACUUGUGCAAGUAGUAGUAUUAUUAUGAUUUUUAUCUCUCCUCUUACCAUUUGUUUUUGUGUGCAACUGCAACUGGCACUGCUAUCUCGACUGCGUUUGGCAAGUGCAAACACAUAAAGUACAAUACUCUUAUAUUGUACGAAUAUCAAACAACACAAAGACGUAUUAACCGUACGCAGCUGCGUGACAAUAAAUUGUAAAUAAAUACAUAAA